GGCAGAGGCAGUCAGGAGUGUGUGACAGAAGUUUCAGACUCUGAGGAGCUGGAAGUGCAACCUGGGGUGUGGCGGGCGGGCGGACUCCCUGCUCCUGAUGCCAGCCUCCCGGGGAACUUACCACAUCGAUCAUCCCGGAGGAGUUGAAGUUUGCAGCCUGCUAUGGAGCUCUCCUGCUUCGGCAGCCACCUGGGCUGGGCUGCGUGUGUGCUGGUGCUGGCCCUGCUCCUCCGAGCCAGGAGACGGGGCGCCUGGCUCCCCCGCAUGUCUCCCACUGACCUGACGGGCAAGACAGCCAUUGUCACAGGAGCCAACUGCGGGAUCGGGAAAUACGUGGCCUUGGACCUGGCCCGUAGGAACGCCCGCACCAUCCUCGCCUGCCGCAGCAGAGAGCGGGGGCAGGCGGCGGUGGAGGAAAUCCAGAGGGCCACCGGGAACCCAAACGUGCUUCUGAGGAUUGUGGACAUCAGCAACAUGGCCUCCGUCCGGCGCUUUGCCAAGCAGAUCCGGCAGGAGGAGAAGCGACUGGACAUCCUGGUCAAUAACGCCGGAGUCGCAGGUUUGCCGUUCUCCAUCACCUCCGAGGGGCUGGAGCGGACGUUCGCCACCAACUACUUGGGCCCUUUUCUUCUGACCAAUUUGCUUCUGGACACCAUGAAGGGCUCCGCUCCCGCCCGCAUCGUGAACGUCUCGUCCUUCAGACAUGUCCGGGGCACGGCCAACGUGAAGCACCUGGCCGGGGAGGAGAGGCCCAAGAACUUUGACCAGUCCUACAAUAGCACCAAACUCAUGAACAUCCUGUUCACCAAUGAGCUGGCCAGGAGGCUGCAGGGCACAGGGGUGACGGCCAAUUCCAUCAACCCCGGCAUCGUGAGGACAGAAAUCAUGCGCCACUUCAACUGGCUGGUUCGUCUGCUCUUCAGCAUCACCAGCAUCUUCUUCAUGUCCGCCGAGGAGGGAGCAACCAGCACCAUUUACUGCGCCGUCUCGGAGGAGGUCGCGGACAUCACGGGGAAGUACUUCGACAGCGACUGCAGGCUGGUGCUGCCCUGUGCGGCUGCCCGCGACCCGGGCCUGGAGCGCAAGCUGUGGGAGGAGUCGGAGCGACUGACGGGCCUCACGGAGAGCGGGCGCAUGUGAACAAUGGAGCCUGUCGCCCCUGCCCUGCAGAACCCAGCUACUCCCGCAGGCGCAGGGCCAGGUGGCCUGCGGGAGCUGGGACCUGGGGCGAGCAGGAGGGGAGGUGGGGGCUCUGCUGGCAGAAGCCAGACUGGCAGGAGGGUGGGAAUUAGCUAAGUCAUUGCAAGGUAGGGGUGCCAACUUUUUACUUGCAGAAAACCAAACACACUUGCCCCACCGCUGCCCCUUCUCCGAGCCCUCCCGCAUGUCGCUCAUUCUCCCAUCCUUGCUCAUUUUCACCGGGCUGGCUUAGUGGGUAGGGGUGUGGGAGGGGGUGAGGACUCCGGCUGGGGGUGGGAGAUGAGGGGUUUGGGGUGCGGGAGGGGGCUCCAGACUGAGGCAGUGGGUUGGAGUACAAGGGGGGUGAGGACUCCGGCUGGUGGUGGGAGGAGGGGUUUGGGGUGCAGGAGGGGGCUCUGGGCUGGGGCCGAGGGGUUUGGAGGGCGGGAGGGGGAUCAGGGCUGGGGCAGGGGAUUAGGGUGCGGGCUCUGAGCGGCGCUUAUCUCAAGCAGCUCCCGAAAGCAGCGGCAUGUCCUCCCUCCGGCUCCUAUGCGAAGGCGCAGCCAGGAGGCUCUGCGCGCUGCCCCAUCCGCAGGCGCUGCCCCCGCAGCUCCCACUGGCUGCAGUUCUCAACCAAUGGGAGCUGUGGAGCUGGCUCUUCGGGCAUAGGCAGCGCACGGAGCCCCCUGGCUGCCCCGACGCCUAGGAGCCAGAGGGGGACAUGCUGCUGCUUCCGGGAGCUGCGUGGAGUCAUGGCAGGCAGGAAGCCUUCCUAAGCCCCGCUGCGCCGCCAACAGGACUUUUAACAGCCCAGGCAGUGGUGCUGACCGGAGCUGCUGGGGUCCCUUUUCGACCGGGCGUUUCGGUCGAAAACCGGACACCUGGCAACCCUAUUGCAAGGGCCCACUGGUCUCCGUGCUGCUGAGUGCCAGCUCCUCCUCCACCCUUCCUGCCGCCUGUGGCAGCCCCGCCCGUUAUCUGGGGAACAGUUCAGGGCCCUGUCUACACUACCCCCCUCCAGUGGGGGCCCUGCUUGGAGGAGCCUCUACAGCGCAGCUGCUGAUGGGGGGCGGGCCAAGCCAGUCAGCCACCUCCUCAGAGCCCUGAGGCAGGCCUGGCACUGGGCCCCUCGCCAUCUCCCCCGGGCCCCCCACAACGAGGCCCUCGCUGCCCCUGUUCAAGGCUGUGCCGAGGAAAGCGCAGUCCCAGGGAGGCUGACAGAAGCUCGUUCGCAGGCGCUUUCCCCCCCCGUGUUCACUCUGCUUUAUUAAACACAGCUCUCUGGG